AUGAGUUUGCAACAACAGCAAAUUCAUCAGCGACCUCAAGAAAAUCAGCAGCAACCUCAAGGAUAUCAACAACUUCAACCAAAUCAACAACAGGCUAAUAAUACUAAUAGCAAUUUAUCCGCUGAAAAAAUACACGAAUUUCUGUAUCUAUGUGAGGCGCCAUUUGGUCUUGCAGUUUUGAAAUUUCUCUUAGUUUGCAUUGCCGAACCAAUCGUUAGUCCACAAAGGAAUUUAAUUAAUGAAGAAUGUAAUGAUGUGUUUCAAGCCAUCGACAAAUUUACUGAUCAAAAUAUUCAACAUAUUUGUACCGAAUUAAUGAAUGACUUUCAAUCAUGGUACUCUUCAUCGCAAGCUGAAUUGCCACAUCAGCUGUUAGAAAAGAUUUUCCAAAUGCUUUUGUUGAAUAGUACACAAGGCUAUCGAUUAAUAUCUAAUUUAAGUCAAUAUACGGUUGGAGAGCGGUUGAGUAUACGUUCAAUUAUCUACAAUAUACUAAAAGGAAUGAGUGAUUUUGUCAGUGGAAGUCAAUCGGAACUUUUUAAAAGAGCAGAAAAUGAACAACGUAUCAGAAAUCUGGAAAGAGAUAAUCAAAAACUCCUUAAGGAGCUAGAACAACUUAAACUUCAUCAAGAUGAACUCCUGAAUUCUCGUCACGAAGUCGAAAAAAUGAAUGAACUAGAAAAACAAGGAUUAAUCGAUCAAUGUAAUUCGGAAAAACAAGGAUUAAUCGAUCAAUUUAAUUCGGAAAAGCAAGAAUUAAUCGAUCAAUUUAAUUCGGAAAAGCAAGAGCACAAAAAUGAAUUACAAAAUUUACGACGUGACAACAUACAAGAAUUAGAAAAAGAACGCCAAACCCAUUAUGCAAACCUUGAAAAUUUGCAUACGGAAGAUUUGUUGAAGGAAGAACAAAUUGACGACUUAACUCGCAAACAUGAAGCAGCUGUCAAAGAAGCAUCAAAACUUCAAGUAGCUCUUGGCAGCAUACGAAAUGUUCAAUGGAACGAAGACGACCCAAACAAUCCUUUGCAACUGAUCCAAGAAAUUAAAAGAAUACAGAAAUUAUUGAUGGAUGUGACUAAAGUCAAAGGAAGACAGAUACAAAUCAACAAGGCAACAGCGAAUGAUCUUUUCAACGAAUAUAAAAUUCAAACUAAUGACAUAAAAAUGGUUUUGAGUUUUUCACUUCAACGCUUUAUUUUUGAGAAGGUUCAUAGAUUUAUAGAAGGCCUUGCUUCGUACAACAAAAAUGUUAAUGAUAACAAUCUUGAAUCUGGGAUUGUCUUCGCCACGGAAGAUUUGUUAUACUUAAUGGAAAACUUUGUAGAAACGCGCUCAGGUGAUGACGAUAUUACACGAAUCACACCAAUCAAGGUUCGUCAACACGUAUAUGCUUCGCUAGGAUCACGUGGCUUCAAUAAUUCUAGUCAUCCAAUUGUUCUCGCAAUCACUAACGAACUUUUAGAAGAGAUGGACAAAUAUCGCGAAAUGCUGUCGGAAGAACGUAAAAAUCGCCUGAACGAUCAACUUGCCAAACUCGUAAUUGAACUUAUUCGUUUUUUAUUUCGAUUGAAUACGCAAGAACCGUUACCUGAAGUCAAAUGGGUUGAAGAGGGUAAAAAAAUUCGUAAUGAAUUAAUGCAAGGCCCCUGGGACUUUGAAGAUAGCGAUGAUUUGGUGGUAAAUUUCUGUUAUUUUCCAGCAAUCGGAACAAAUCUUGGUGACAAAAAAAAUCUACGUAUUUAUUGUAAAGCUCAAGUUUUGCCAAAACCUCAAAGUCGUUCAAAAGUAAUUGCUAAAACAAAAAAUGUACUUGAAGUUGUUAGUGGGACAGUCAGUAGUGUAGUAAAAACUGUAUUUAGUUAA